AUGCACUUCAAAAGCGUUUCGAUAUUAUUAUUUUUAAUUAUACUUCAAUCUUCGGUUUUCAUUGAUUCAAGAGCUACAGUUUUAAGAAUAAGUAACGAGCAAAAGUACAACAGUCAACCGGGAAGCGGUAAACUAAAUUACAACAGCGUACAUUUUAGACAUAAAAAUCAUAUGCUCCACAAAAAACAUUAUAGGUGUUAUUUGGAUCGGUUGUACAGCAGAAGUCACGUUUCAAAGCAGAGUAGGUAUCCCAUACUCGAUAAAAUUGUGAACCGGUUAGACAAUCAAAUAGAUCGCGAGUUGAAUAAAGUGAAAAUGACGACGUCUAACCCUUUUGAUUCGUGGCAUGUUACAAUACCUAAUUUAGUUAUCGAUAAAAAAGACAAAUUAACUUACGUAGCUGUCGGAUCUAAAAACAGAACGACGGAAAUGAUUAAUUUCGGUAGUGUUAAUAAUAGUCAAAACCUCAUAUCUAACACGGAUAAAAAAAAAAAUACAAACGUUCAUUUACCCGUUGUUAAAGUAUAUGAAAACAGUAUUACCUUUGAAGGCAAUAGAGACCAUGUAACAAAAGACAUCACAACCACGAGUUCAUGGAAAUGA